AUGUCGCGCUCUACGGAUUCUGGCGGCGCAACGGCCGAUGCGCCCUCACUUCCCUGGAGGGCCUUGUCCUCCACCACCAUUUUCGGGGUUGCCGCAUUAUGCCGCUCGUUUCUAUUCCUCUGCAGUCGGCCACAGGCAAAUGGAUUGGAUCAGUUCCUCGAGCUCCUCGACUCGAGGAGUGAUCCCUCGCAGAGAACCAGAGGCUUGCUCACAGUUUCGAAUCAUACCAGCGUGAUGGAUGAUCCGAUCAUGUGGGGAUUUCUGCCAAUGCGAUAUAACUUUGGGCUUGCGUCCUGGAAUAAACGAUGGGGGUUUGGAAGCCACGACAUCUGCUAUCAGACUAGGCCAUUAGCACUUUUCUUUACUAUGGGCCAAGUCCUGCCGACACACCGAUCGGCUCAUUCGCAAUACGGUGGCCUCGCCCAGCCUGUCGUCACUCAGGCGAUCCGACUCCUGUCGAAGGGGCCAUUCCCCGCUGACCCUCAUCUCGCUAUCCCCGAACGUCAAUCGUGGAGUCUACAGAAUGUCUGCGUCGAUCCGUUUUCCGAUCUACCCACAGCGUACACCACCGAUGGCCAUGACUCCCAUCUAUCGCCGUCCUCUUACGCCUGCAACUCGUAUUCCUGGUUCCACAUAUUCCCAGAGGGAAAGAUCCACCAAGCGCCGAACAAGACUAUGCGCUACUUCAAAUGGGGCGUGGCACGACUUAUCCUCGAGGCUAGCGAAUGCCCGGAUGUGGUACCGAUAUGGCUAGAGGGCUUUGACCAGGUCAUGCACGAAAGCCGCGAAUUCCCACGGUUCCUGCCUCGUGUCGGAAAGGAAGUCAGCAUCACUUUCGGGCAGAAAGUAGAUAGAGAGGCGGUUUUCGGGGAAUACAGAAGGCGUUGGCAGAAGAUCAGGGCCAAGGCUGAACGUGUAGCCCCGGAGACUCGCGACUUGCCGUUUGGAGUGCUAAACGACCAGCUUUUAUAUGACCCUGAAGCAGUUGAGCUGCGAAAGGAGGUCACCAAGAAGGUCCGGGAUCUCGUUCUCGAUGUCCGGCGGACUAGGGGAUUGUCGGACGAAGACCCGAAGGAAGGCCUGGUGGAGACAUGGAUGCAAGAGGGCCCUAAGCGCGAGGGUAAGAUGGACGAUGAUUCAUGGGUCCGCGACAUUUGA